AUGUUUUAUUCGGGAAUCCUGACCGAGCCGAGCAGGAAAGAAGUGGAGAUGAGGGAAGCGGCGUCGCUCCGGCAGCAGAGGAGGAUGAAGCAGGCGGUUCAGUUCAUCCACAAGGAUUCCGCAGAUCUCCUCCCUCUGGACGGGCUGAAGAAGCUGGGCACUUCCAAAGACACCCAACCACAUAACAUCCUGCAGAAGCGCCUGAUGGAGACAAAUCUGUCCAAGUUCCGAGGCAGCCGAGGCAGCUGGACUCCAAAGGGUGAUGUCUCCUCACACACCAACAAGCUGAACCAAACCAAGCUGGGCAGCUCGGGGAAAACAGAGGAUGCAGAGCUCAUAGUGGUCAGCUGCCAGUGUGCGGGGAAGGAGCUGAAGGCUGUGGUGGACACUGGCUCGCAGCACAACCUCAUGUCUUCUGCCUGCCUGGACAGGCUGGGGUUAAAGGAGCAUGUCAAAGCACUCCCUGUGGAAGAGGAGGCGGUUUUGUUGCCCAGCAAGGUGAAAGCCAUCGGGCAGAUCGAGUGUCUGUCGCUGACGGUGGGAGCUGUCCCCGUGGAGUGCCCUGCCCUGGUCGUGGAAGACAACGACCAGCCCUUUUCCUUCGGGCUGCAGACACUGAAGUCUCUGAAGUGUGUCAUAAACAUGGAGAAGCACCACCUCGUUCUGGGGCAGACGGACAGGGAAGAAAUCCCAUUUGUGGGCAGUGACAGUGCUGAGGCAGGAGAGCAUUUGGAGGCAUAAAGAGAAAAAUUGAAACACUAUCCCCACACAAGAGCUUGAUAUCAAAGAAAUCCUGUGCAGCUGUUCCAGAUGAAACAGCAACGUGCUGCUUUGAAAACAUUUAUACUAGGCUACAGCUUGAGUAGAGCUAAAUGAAAUCCUGUUUGUAGCCAGUAAUUUAGAGAUAUUGUCAUGUUUAUCUAUGGGUUUUGAGAAACAAACGUGUGCUUAUUUUCUGGACUUUUCUAUAUAGUGUCCUCUUUAUUACAAACAGUUGGGAAAACCUGAUGAAUUUCUUCUGAUGAGAAAAAUACUUUUUAUAGUGGCCUCGUAUGAGUAAUUGUACUUAGCUGUGAUUAGAGGCUAUCAGAAUGAGAUUUUUAUUAAUGAUUUUUCCAGGGGCUAAGCAUUUAUAUUCACUUAAUUGAUAUUGCCAGAUUCAAAUGGCCAUUACCAGGAAGUUACUCAGAGUAAAAUAAUAAUGUUAAUACCACCUAGGAAUUAUAGCUCAUCCUGUUAGCAUAGUAUUGUUGCCAUGUAAUUAGGGAUGCAACUGCUGGCUUGAUGAGGAA